AUGGGAACAUAUAAUCGGACAUGGGGGAGUGAAUUUAUUCUCCUUGGACUGACCAGUGAUUGGGACACUCAAGUCUCCCUCUUUGUCCUCUUCUUGGCCAUGUACCUGCUGACAGUGCUGGGGAACUUCCUCAUUGUUCUUCUGAUCAGACUGGACAGCCGGCUGCACACGCCCAUGUAUUUCUUUCUCACCAACCUCUCCCUCGUGGACGUGUCUUAUGCCACCAGCAUCGUCCCUCAGCUGCUGGUGCAUUUCCUGGCAGAACACAAAGGGAUCCCAUUCCUGAGUUGUGCUGCACAGUUGUUUUUCUCCCUGGGCUUGGGUGGGAUAGAGUUUGUCCUCCUGGCAGUGAUGGCCUAUGACCGCUAUGUGGCAGUGUGUGACCCCCUGCGCUACUCAGUCAUCAUGCAUGGAGGCCUGUGCACUCGGUUGGCCAUCACAUCCUGGCUCAGUGGCUCCAUCAACUCACUCAUGCAGACCACCAUCACUUUCCAGCUGCCCAUGUGCACAAACAAGUACAUUGAUCACAUAUCCUGUGAACUCCUGGCUGUGGUCAGGCUGGCCUGUGUGGACACCUCCUCCAAUGAAGUAGCCAUCAUGGUUUCUAGCAUCAUCCUUCUGAUGACGCCCUUCCUCCUGGUGCUCCUGUCCUACGUCCACAUCAUCUCCACCAUCCUGAAGAUCCAGUCCACAGAGGGAAGGAGGAAAGCCUUCCACACCUGUGCCUCUCACCUCACUGCGGUCGCCCUCUGCUAUGGCAUGGCCAUUUUCACCUACAUCCAGCCCCACUCCAGCCCCUCUGUCCUUCAGGAGAAGCUGAUCUCUCUCUUCUAUGCCGUUUUGACUCCGAUGCUGAACCCCAUGAUUUACAGUCUACGGAAUAAAGAUGUGAAGAGCGCCUGGCAGAAAUUAUUAGGACAGUUUUCAGGGAUAAUGUCAAAACUGGCAACAUGA